CCGUAGUCUUCCCCCCUCUCUCUCUUCCUCCUUCUCCUCUCCUUCCGUCGUUACCUGUCCGGUAAGUUUACACCUUCUCUCAGAGGGACGAUGUCCAACCUACCAGCCGGAUUUUCCUGCUCUCGGUAAAACUUCAGAGGAAGGAGGAGAAAUGAAUCUGAACACAGGAAUGUAGCUCACAGGUGUGAAGAAACCUUUAUUUCUGAUGAGAGUUUGAUAAAGUUUGAAGAGAUUUUUACACCAGAAGAAGAAGGAGAGGAAGAAAAAGAGGAAGAUGUUUUCGUUCCUGAGGAAAGGUAAGAACUCUGACAGGUGCUCUGACGGAAAGUUUUGGGGUUUAUUUAGUCGGUUUACCUGGGAGGGGUUUAACAUCAGACUGUUUCUACAGUUACACCUGUACCUGUGUGUAUUUGAGGUACUUUUACUUCCCUUUAGUGUUUUAUUUAAAUACUUACAGUCACUUGAACUCCACAAAAGUUGAGGUAGUUGAUGUGGGAUUACUUUUAACUUUACUUAAGUGACUUUGAAUCUAGGUAACUAAUAUACAGACUAAGGACUAUGAUUUUUUUACUGUUUUUAUUUAUCUAUUUAUUAAUUUAUGUGUAUUUUGUUUUUUCAAACAUAUACGUACAGCGCCAAAGUUAAACUGAAAACAAACAAACAUAACUAGUGAGAAUAUUCAAAACAACAAUAGCAAUAAUCAAAGCAAGAAAAUAAAAAAUUAAAUUAAAAGAAACUUAUAAUAAUAAUGUGAACCCAACAUGUCUGAAAAGGAGUAGGAUGAAUGAAUGACCCAGUUUUUAGUUAAUAUACAAACUAUGACUAUGAUUUUUAAUUUUUUAUAUUUUUCAUUUUUUAUUUUUUUUUAUUUUUCAUUUUUUCAAACAAACAUAACUAGUGAGAAUAUUCAAAACAACAAUAACAAUAAUCAAAGCAAGAAAAUAAAAAAUAAAUUAAAUUGAAUUAAAUAAAAAACAAAAACAUAAUAAUAAUAAUGAGAACCCCACAUGUCCCACUGAGCGAAAGACGGCUAUUAGACGUCUAGUUUAUUCUUAGACCUAAUUUCAACCCCCUAGAUUCUGUAUUUUUUUAGACAGAGUUUAGACGUUGCACUUUAACCCAUUAUUUAAUAACUAUUUACUUCAAAAAGUAACUGUGAGUAGCAUAAUUGAUCUCCAAGUACUUCACCAAAAUAACUGUGAUAGCUGUCAAGCAAAAUACAGUGUAAUAUAGAUAUAGCCCAAAUUUAGACUUGGCCUAAAUCUGGACGUCUAAAAAACGUUCAUUUUUAGACCUGUUGUAGCCUGAUUUUAGACCAGUCAUCUAGGCUACAUUUAGACGUCUAUUAGACCUCUUUUAGACCUUUUUUAAACCUACCCCUUCUCCUUUACUCAAUAAUGUCAGUCAGUCUCCAGCAAAAUUAAAUUGUAUAAACAGAAAAAUACAACAUAAAAACUAUAAAUAAGUACAUUAAUCACUCUAUAGUUAAUUCCCUUCUUCCUUCCCCCUGUACCUGCUGAGAACCGUGUUUUUGUACCGCUUCUUAAACUGGGUCAUGCUUAGACAACACUUGAGCUCCACACCUAAUCUGUUCCACAACUUUACUCCACAAACACAAACACAAAAACCUUUUAAUGUUGUACAUACAAAAACAGUUAAUGCUGAUGCUUUAGGUAAAAGUCCCCCCUCAGAUGAAAAAACUAUUUUUUGAUAUUUCCAGGCAGUAGAUUGUUUAUUGCUUUGUACAUGAUUUGUACUGUUUGAAAGUUAGAAUUGAACGUCUUAAGUGAUGAAUUUAGUUUUUGUGUUUAGUUUUUAAGGAGUAGCAGUGACUGGAUUAUACUGUUCAGCUAGAAACUUAAUUUUGUAGUUUUGAAAAAGAAAUGAGCGCACAAAAGAGACAGAAAGAUAUCAUAUUUAAAGAUUUAUAAGAAGCAUAAUGAACGGCAGAGUUAAUCACAAUGAAAUUUGGUAUGAUACAGUUCCAUACAGUGCAGUAUAUACAAUAUGGUAAUAAUAAUGAUAACUUUAGCACUUGUAAUAACAAUAAAGUUGACAGACAGGUAGAACAAGAACCUAACAUACCGAAAACUAAACACGUAUAUCAGAAACCCAAACAAGAACCUUUAAGAAACAACAAGAGCCCAGACGACCCUCUGACCUCAGACCUGAUGACUCAAAAUUUAGAGACGUAAAAACAAUAAAAGCAGCCGGAUGAGAUAAAGCAGUAAAGAGAGAUAAUGAGAGCUUUAAAAUUGAUAAAGGACUCAUAAGAUUCAGCUUGAAAACAUAAUUAAACAAAAUGGUGAUACACUCAGCAGCAAUAAGAAGAUGAGGAACAAUAAAGAGAGUUAAACUUAGGAAAAAAAAGAGAUGAAACAGCAUAAAGAAAUGAAAGUAUUAAAGUUAAUGAUGUGAUUAAGAUAGAGUAGAAAACAGCAAAAGGAUGAUAAAAAGAGAAAAUAUAAAUAGAUAAAUUCAUAACUAAAUACACAGUUUUACACAUACUGUAAAAGAGGUGAGUUUAAAGAAGUGAUUUAACAGGCAGCGCUGAUUCUGAGAGUCUUAUCUCCUAAAGCAGGUCGCUCCACAGUCUCUGAUGGCAAAGGUUCAGUCUCUAUCGGAUUUAAGCCUCGACUUUGGGACAUCUAGGAUGUUCCCGCUCAAAUAUCUAGGGCUGCAGUCCGGCUCGUCCAGAGUCAGAGAAAAGAGAGUUUUGUUUGACACAAAUGUAUGAGAGAGAACUAGUUUAAUUUUGACAGUGGAUCAGAUCUGGUUAAAGCUUCAGGGGUCCUCAGGUCUCUGGUGGAAGUAUAUCUGUGCGUCGUCUGCUUAGCAAUGAAAGGAGACUCUGUGGAGCUGAUUUCAAAGUAAAAGCGGACCUAAAACUGAACCUUGCGUAACACCACAGGUGGUUUGAUUUGAAGGGUAAGAGUGAAACCAAUUAAAGGGAUAUUCCGGCAUAAAAUAACACCGUAACACCGAGUUAGACAACCCGUCGAGAGAUGAAUGUUGCCGACCGCUUGCUUCUCUAGUUAUACCAACUUUAGUAACGACCGCAGGAUAGAACGCCACUCUAUAGCCACAAAUAAUGCUCAGAACAGCACCUAACUUCAUCAACAGGACAUAUAGGGUCACAGACAUAGUACUAAAGAAAGUACUGAGCAAAAAGACUAAACACAACUCACCUACUCUCUUCCAGCAGCCGUUUGUUUGUAGUGAGACCUCGAGCCAGUCCAUAACGAACUACAGUGGGGUGACGCAGCUCAAGGAAGAACAUUUAUGAUCAUUUCUUUAUCAUUUCCUUGAAGUAAUAAUCACCAUAUUGAUCAUUUUUCUCUGCAGACGCUGUAGUUCUUCUGCCUUAGCGUCUCGGUCUGAUUGUAUUUCCUUGAAGAAAUGAUCAUGUUUUGUCUUUUUAUUGUUUUGCCCUGUUGCUUGGAUUUUACUGUUAUUGUUGUCUUGUUGCGCACUUUGAGAUUUGUUUUUAAAUGUAAAGUGCGUUACAAAUAAAAUCUAUUAUUAUUAUCAUUAUAAAUGUUCUUCCUUGAGCUGCGUCACCCCGCUGUAGUCUGUAAUGGACUGGUCGCUGGAAGAGAGUAGGUGAGUUGUGUUUAGUCUCUUUGCUAAAGAAAUGAGUCAAAGUUAAAAAGAUGUUUGGUGUCUAGUACUAUGUCUGUGACCCUAUAUGUCCUGUUGAUGAAGUUAGGUGCUGUUCUGAGCCGGAAUAUCCCUUUAAAUACAGCGUAUAUGAUAAUAAAUUAAAUUCUAUGUAAUAAUAAAAUAAACUAUAAGCAGUUUGUCAGUUUACCUCCUGAUUAUUCUGGAUAGUAAACAUUAUUAAAGUGUUUCUGGGUAAAUUAUAAAGCCACACCGUCUCCAACAACAAAUCAGGGAUUAGCUGUAAAAUUUCCCCUCAUGGUUUUCUGUGUGCGGCAGAUUUAAUUCUGUGUGCGCUGAGAUUACGCCUGUGACUGUAAUCCUGUUAUAAUUACACCUGUGUGCUUCCAGUCAGAGACCCCCCACCUGAGAACAUCCACAUAUCCUGUCUGCCGCCCAGUAUUCCCACAGAUCAGGAGCCGGACCACACUGGAGGACGAGGUAAAGUGGAUGUUUGUCCUGUUGGCGGUUUAGUUACAGAGUUACGGCGAGUCUAGACUUUUGAAUUAAAGCCCCUAAUUUCACACAUUUGUGCUUUUAAUUUCCCUCAAACCAGAAAAAAAAUCAACAUUAUACUGAUGAAAAAGUCGUAUAAGAUAUUGUUCAGCAUAUAAACACAGAGUAGAGCGCAGCAGUGACCUCAAACCACUUCCUGUCAGAGUGUGACCUACAGAGUCGUCCCCAGGGUGUCUUGUGUCGUCUGUAGACAUGAUUUAUUGUGUAUGUAGUUUGUGUUGUUUCUUAUACGAUAGUUAACGUGUUUUUUUCAUGUUUUCCCAGGUGACCCGGUGGAAGAGAAAGCCGUGAUCCAGACCACGCACACGCACAGAGUCACGCCGCCUUCAGUCUUCCUCCAGAGACAAGAUAAUGAUCCUGUUUCUAGUACUUACUUUGACCAGAGGGUUCCUGUUCCCGAGGACCACAGUGAGGUAACGGUGUUAUGGUAGAUGCUGUCAUCAUCAUCUUCAUCUUCAGUUCAGUAAGUUACUCUAUAUUUGACAUUAUUUUUAUUACCGUUUGUGUUUCUCUCUCUCUCUCUCCUCCAGAGGGGAAUUAGUCUCCGUAAACUCUGGGCCUUCACUGGACCCGGGUUCCUGAUGAGUAUAGCCUACCUGGACCCGGGUAACAUCGAGUCGGACCUGCAGUCUGGUGCUAAAGCUGGUUUUAAGGUGAGGCUGAAUACUUUUUUUUUUUUUUGACAAAUAAAUACACGUCACCAUUUUCUCUCCAAGUCCUUGUUGAGUUUGAACAAAGACCAGGAGAUUUAGUUUGUAAUCGGAUUACAAAAGGAAAUCCUUAUUUGGAAAUGUUCGAUAUUUUUCCUGAAGUGUUGAGGCGACGGCGCUGCUGCCGCUCAGUAAUGAGGUUACAAUUAAAACAUUAUCUUUAUUUAUUAGAAUAUAUGAAUAAAUCCUGAAAAAAAAAAACAGAUCUAAGGUGAGCUCUCCUCAGCUGGACCGAUUUUAUUUCAUUUUUUAUUUUUAGAAAAUAUUUAUAUUGAACAUUAAGCAUCACGUUUUUAUCAAACAGUGCAUACAUUUUUUUUGAGAAUGAUAGAAGAAAUACAGACCACAGAGCCUCCCCAGUCCAUGAGCCAUCUUGUCCUGGUUUGGGACGAGUCCUCCAGAAUAAACUGCACAUCCUUGACCCCCCACAUAAUCAAGAAACAGAGUCCAGACACAAUAGAGCUGUCCAACUGUCCCUCUGGACCAAUAUGUCAAAUAUUCCAUAGGAAGCAAAUCAAAUCUGACCUUAUGUCAGUCAGAGACAGUCGGUGGUUUAUGUGAAACCCGUUUCAAUAGUUCACUUUUAGGUGCAGCAGAUGUUAACACACGCCGAGCGAUUUUAGGCAUUCCUAAGAGGAGGUAAACUGGUUCCACCUUCAUGUUCUCACUGAAAACCAAAUAAAGCUCUGUGAUCACUUUGAUCCAAAACUCUUGAACACGAGUGUUUGACCAUAUUGAAUCUAUAAAACUGCCGACCUCCUUUCUGCGUUUGAUACGGACAGCCGAGUUUUCAGGGUCCAUCCUAUGUCGAAGUUAAGAACGGGUCUAAAGGUGGUGUAGUAGUCUGAACUGUAACUCUUUAGUUGUAGUUUACACUCUGAUAUUUUACUGGCACGCUCCCAUAUACCUGUGUGGCUUUAUUUGCUUUACUGGAUUUAUAGAGGUCCUCAUAGCGUUGUCCUAAUAUUGAGAGUAAUUCUUCAUCUGGUGACAUUUCUCUGUUAAAUUUAUAUUCACUUUGGUCAUGUAUGAAGUUUGUAGCUGGACCGGUUUUAAAGAAGUAAUAAAUACAACAAGGAAACUCGACUUUGUUUAACCUCCUAUCAGAGUAAAGAUCAGACUGAAGUAUCGGCAAACAAAGAGACACUUUGACCUUCUGGGACCAGGAUCUGAAAAUCAAACUUCCUCUAACGUUUGUUUCAUUUUCAGUUCUGUGAACUUUGUAAACUAUUUGGUUUUUACCGAGGCAAAAAAACUUCGAUUUAGAAGUGUUUGAUAAUUUCUCUUGUUUUAAAACUUAAUUUCUUAUUUUAAGCGUUUAACUAUAAUCUUAUAUCAAGCACAAACUUAUCUUUUUUUGUGUGUCAAAUAUGCAGGAAAUCUUAAAAUCAGUUAAACUCCAUCUUUCUCCCAAAGUCUCAUCAAAAGGAAUCUUGUUUCAAGAUGAACCUGCUUGGACUGAGACAGAGUUUAGUCAUUCUUCACUAAUACUGGGUAUUUUUUCUCUAAAUUUGUAUUUUUUUGUUUAACUAAUCUUCAGCUUAAUUUGCUAAAAAUAAGAAAACAAAAUGUGUCAGAGCUUAUAUUUAGUAUAUUUCACUUAUUUUGAGGCUGUAAAAAAGUUACUUUUUAAGUUAUCUCAUCUAAAAACCAAAAUUUUCUCCCAAUCUUAAACUUAUAUUUAGUACAUUUCACUUAUUUUUUAGGCUGUAAAAGUUAAAUUUCAAGUAAUCAGGUCUUAAAACCAGCAUUUUAUACUAAUUUUAUGCUUAUAUUUAGUAUAUUUAGUAUAUUUAACUUAUUUUUAGGGCUGUUAAAGUUAAAUUUUAAGUAAUCUGAUCUUAAAACCAGCAUUUCUGUCUUACUUUAAGCUUCCAAAUACAUUUGUAAACAUGCAUAUUUCUAGAUUUAACAAUCUUAAUUAAAGAAAUCUUGUCAAGUGAAGUUAUUUGCUGCAUGGACAGAUAAUUUCACUUGUUUUUUGUACCUUUUUCCUCAGAUUUAGUGUUUAUAUCUUGUUUUUAGACCCUUCUUUUUUUGCAGUGAAGUCGUUACAAAACAGAGAAUGUUUUAUUUUUACAGCAUCUAAAAUCAGGAGUCACCUCCACAGUUAUCUCAGCCCUGAUUUUAACUCUCAUACUACGUUCCUUCCGCCCUGUUAGCUCCUCUGGGUGCUGCUGGGAGCCACCAUCAUCGGCCUGCUGCUGCAGCGGCUGGCGGCUCGGCUGGGCGUCGUCACCGGGAUGCACCUCGCCGAAGUCUGCAACCGCCAGUACCACACGGUGAGGAAUCAGACACAGUCGAUACGCAAACACAGAUUUAAGUAAAACUGAAAUGAUGGAGUUUGACAGGAACUUUGAGGCAGCGAUCAGAAGUAAUCCUGGUUCGCUGUUUCUGCCUCGUUACGUAACCGGCUUUGUUCUAACAGCAUCUGUAAUCUGUGGAUUAUUUGAUCAAGACCGUGACCUCGAGAAAGGUCACCAAAACUGUAACAAAAUGCUGGAAUUUACAGGUAGAGGCCGACGUGAUUUAAUGGAAUAUUCAUGUGAAUUUACACCUUAAUUAAGAGCGUCGCUGCUCCUCUGAUACCUGAGAGGAAACUCCAGCGUUAACCCCGAGAAUGCCGAUCAUGUGACCCUCCUUUUCUUCUCUGUUUCUGCCCCCUGAAGCUCCUUUCAGUUUCAGCCGGAAACAUCUGAACUGUUUAAAGGAGCCAAACGCAGAGCUGAGGAAUGUAGAUGUCUGAUCCAGUCAGUCUUCAUUUACAUAAAUCAUUAAAAUGUCAUGGAGCAGGUUUCUAAAAAUAGAUCUGAAUCUGAGUUUGGGAUUAAUGUAAGGCUUAUCACGGUGUGUUUUUAUGAUAUCAUAAAUGAUCGUGUGUCCUCAAACAGCCACAGACAGAAGAACCAAAGGUCGACUGAGUAUCCUGAUGGAAAACCUGGUGUUUGUGUUAGACUAGAGAGACACGGUGGUCUCCUCCGAGGACAAGAGUCCAGUCUGUAAAAUGCAAAUCUCAACACGGUGUCAGGAUACGACGACUUUUUUCCAUUAACAACAUUUUAGAGAGAAAAUUUGACUUUUUACUGCUUUAAAACAGCUUCAGGCACAAUUGAUAUCACAUUUAUUUUAACUCUUUUAACACAAAACUUAAAUUAAAUCUUCUUUUUGUAAAGAAAGGAAAAUAAACCACUUAACCUUCACCUCCUUUCAUUUUCAAAUCUGAUAACAGCUGUUUUUCUCAACUCUUGUGUCACUUGUUGUCGAGUUUUCAUUCAUUCUCUCUGAAGGUCGUGUAAAGUGUCUUCCUGUCUGUCCGUCAAGGUGCCUCGGAUCAUCCUGUGGCUGAUGGUGGAGCUGGCGAUCAUCGGCUCGGACAUGCAGGAGGUCAUCGGCUGUGCCAUCGCCUUCAGCCUCCUCUCCUCGGGCAGGUGAGGACAGCGGACGCGGUUUUAUCAGACAGACUCCGGCGUGUUUCUUCCUGUCUCUUUGCUGACCUUUGCUGAUCGCGGACAGUAAAGUCACCCCGCCGUCUUUUAAGAGUCGAGGUUAACAGCUUCAUCCGGUACGACCUGACGACGUUAACAAUUACUCGUGGUUUUAUUUGCUUUUGUGGGUCAUAUAAAGAUAUCUCUGUCAAUCUCCGGCUGUUUCACAACCACAUAAAAAUGUCCUCUAGGAGCUUUUUAUAAAUAUAUAUGAGAUUAAAUCAUGACUCUCUUUAUAAAGUACCUGUAGAGGUUUGUUAACUGUUUAGACCGUCAGUGAGAAGAAAGACUGAAUAAACAGCUGUUUUAAUUUUUCCACCGCGAAACAUUUAGUUGUUAAAGUUUUGUCAGAGCAAACAGACAAGAGGAAAAGCUUCGUCUGCAAGUUUCUCGCAGUAAUCAGAGUUCCUACGAAAGUAUGGAAAUAAAUUUGAUCAAUUUCUGGCUCUUGAAAAGUCUGGAAAAAUUAAAGAUAGAAGUAUUAAAAAUAUUCAUGUUUCCAGUGUUUUCUAAAAUAGGAAAGUAGGUAUUUCUAAAUUUAAUUCUAAAUAUUAGGGUAUAGAAAAUUAUGGAAAUUCCAACUGUGUAGGAACGCUGGAAUAAAAGCUAAAUUUGUCUAUGGUUUAAAGGGAUAUUCCGGUGUAAAAUUAAUUUAGGGUCAAACACACCGUAACACCAAGUUAGACCCCCCCUCCAGAGAUGAAUGUUGUCGACCGCUUGCUUCUCUAGUUAUACCAACUUUAGUAACGACCGCAGGAUAGAAAUACAGAGAGCCACGCCCUCAACCAAAACGCCACUCUAUAGCCACAAAUAAUGCUCAGAACAGCACCUAACUUCAUCAACAGGACAUAUAGGGUCACAGACAUAGUACUAGACACCAAACAUCUUCUUAGCUGCUUGUUUGUAGAGAGACCUCGGGCCAGUCCAUUACAGACUACAGCGGGGUGACGCAGCUCAAGGAAGAACAUUUAUGAUCAUUUCUUCAUGGAAAUACAAUCAGACCGAGACGCUAAGACAGAAGAACUACUGCGUCUGUAAAAUGAUUAAUAUGGUGAUUAUUACUUCAAGGAAAUGAUAAAGAAAUGAUCAUAAAUGUUCUUCCUUGAGCUGCGACACCCCGCUGUAUGUCCUGUUAAUGAAGUUAGGUGCUGUUCUGAGCAUUAUUUGUGGCUAUAGAGUGGUGUUUUGGUUGGGGGCGUGGCUCUCUGUAUUGCUAUCCUGCGGUCGUUACUGAAGUUGGUAUAACUAGAGAAGUAAGUGGUCGGCAACAUUCGUCUCUCGAGGGGGUGUCUAACUCAGUGUUACGGUGUGUUUGACCCUAAAUUAAUUUUACAUCGGAAUAUCCCUUUAAGUUUAGCAUCUAAGUUGUAGAUGCAAAGUGAUCUUGUCUGUUCAGGCCCAGGUUUGACCUUGAUCCUCAGCCACUCGGUGCAUGUCACCCAUACUUUGUCCACCUUAUAUUUGUCGUCUCUCAAAGGGACAAAAAAUCUGUUUUGGGGGAUAAAAUGUUUUUGCAUUGAAAGUGGUCCUGACUCCUGGAUCUGUCCUAACACUGCAUGUCAAAUAAAGGAGAAACACUUAUCCUGGAUCAGCUUUGAGGCUCUCUUCAGUAGUUUAAUUUUUCAUUUAAGAACUCUAAAAGUAACAAACACUUUUGGAUAAAUCAGAGUGGAGUGGACAGAAAGACUCGAGCUCUUUAAAUGUGGACUUAUCCAGAGCUCUUGAUUACUGAAGAGCUCUUUAGAGCUCUUAGAUUACUUAGUUUAAGUCCACUCCUCAGCGCAGUUUAGAACUAGUCUUUUGAUAUCGUAACGUUGAUGAUUUUCUCUGUGUUUAAUCUCAGGAUCCCUUUAUGGGGCGGCGUCCUCAUCACCAUCAUCGACACGUUCGUUUUCCUCUUCUUGGACAAGUACGGUACGUUUUGGUUAAUGUAAGGAGGAAGUUAUCGCCUCAGACACGGAGAAUAAACCGUCUCUAUUCUGUCCGUACAGGUUUGAGGAAGCUGGAGGCCUUCUUCGGUUUGCUCAUCACCGUCAUGGCGAUCACCUUUGGAUAUGAGGUACGAAUGUGACUGAGGUUUUAAGAGCUUAUUCCUUCUUAAUGUCAAAUCAAAUCCCACAAAUGUCUCUGAACCAGUUUUCUCAUAUUUGUUUGUUCAGCUCAGACGCCUUCAAAAUAAAAGCAUCUUCAUCACCCAUAAGAAGCUUUAAUCUCCACUCUUCUUUCUUCCUGUCAGUAUGUGGUGGUGAGUCCAGACCAAGGCGAGGUCCUGAAGGGGAUGUUCGUGCCGUACUGCGCCGGCUGUGGACCGGUCCAGCUGGGUCAAGCCGUGGGCAUCGUAGGAGCCGUCAUCAUGCCUCACAACAUUUACCUCCACUCUGCUCUGGUCAAGGUGUGUUCAAGCAGCUGAGUCCUCCUUAAAAAUCAGAUUAAUGAAGAAUUUAAACGGUCAAACUUUGCCCUCGUAGUCUCGAGAGGUGGAUCGCACGAACAAGAAAGAAGUCCGAGAGGCCAACAAGUAUUUCUUCAUCGAGGCGACCAUCGCGCUCUUCGUCUCCUUCCUCAUCAACGUGUUUGUGGUGUCGGUGUUUGCGGAGGCUUUUUACGGACGCACGAACGAAGAGGUGGUGAGUGUCUCUGCUGAAGCCGCUCUGUUUUCGUCUUUGGCUGCUUUUCUUCAGGAUUUUCCCUUUUUUUUCCCCAGUUCACUGUUUGCAACGAGACCGGCAGCCCUCAUUCACACAUGUUCCCUCUGGACAACCAAACUCUAGCUGUGGACAUCUACAAAGGGGUGAGUCUGAAACUGCCUCAGAGUCAUCCAAACACAGCAGAUCUUAAAUUAAAUGAAGAAAACGUGCUUUUAUUUUGAAAUAAUCACAGAAAUCAGAGCCACAGAGAGAGUUUGAGUAAAAGAGCUUUAAUACACAUGAAAACUCAGCUGCGUUUGAACCUGCUGAACUGCUGAACGUUGAGUCCAUGUUUCUUGUUUGUGUGAUGUUUAAAGAGGGUUUAUGCUGCCCUCUAUUGGCCAAACACGGAUGCAGGACAAACGCUGAAAAAUGGUGAAAUUCUGAUGCAAUGUGGUGCAAAAUGAGACCUUUAAGAAAUAAUAACCUAGAUGUAAACGAGAGAUACUGAAAACUGUAGAGCUUCAGAGGAUAGAGCUGCAAACACAACCAGACUUAGACUCAAACUCCUGCUAUGUUUGGAAUAUAACAAUAAUAACGGUUGAAUUAAAGGUUGGAAUUGUGUUGUUUGUGUGUCUGAUGCAGGGUGUGGUGCUGGGCUGUUUCUUCGGCCCGGCAGCGCUCUACAUCUGGGCCGUGGGGAUCCUCGCAGCUGGUCAGAGCUCCACCAUGACCGGGACGUACUCGGGACAGUUCGUCAUGGAGGUCAGUGUGGAGCGGGAAUCAAAACACACAAAAUCAAACAUGAUCAUACACGGAUGGUUUUUGAUUCAAGGUACAAAAAUCUGGAUUUUUCUGUCUUCAGGGUUUCCUGAAUCUGCGUUGGUCACGUUUCGCUCGGGUGUUGCUGACCCGUUCCCUCGCCAUCACUCCUACCCUGCUGGUCGCCAUCUUCCAGGACGUGCAGCACCUGACCGGCAUGAACGACUUCCUCAAUGUGCUGCAGAGUUUACAGGUCAGUCAGGAGAGAAAGUCAGACACUAGAAGCUUCAUUGAAGAAUCUCUCCUCCUCUAACUGUCUGACUUCUGUCCAGUGGUCCGAAUUAUAAGAUACAGUCCUAUAAGAUAUGAUGAUAUGACACAGUGUGGUUCAAAACUACAGGACAUGACUCAAUACUGUAUCAAGAGUAUGAGACGAUGUGGUACAAUGAGGUGUAAUUUGAUAAAAUAUCACAAUACAACAUGAAAAACAACAAGAUGAUAAGAUACAACAUGAUACAAUAUUUUACAGUCGGACAAAAUACAAUAUGAAAGGACACAAUCGAUACGUCAUGAUAAGAUACAACACAGUAUGAUACAAUAGGAGGCAAUAGGUUAAAAAGUUACAUUAUUUUACUUCACAUUACAUUAUGUUACUUUACGUUACUUUGUUUAAGUUACUUUGUUUAUGUGAGGUUACAUUAUGUCAUUUUAGUAGACUGAACUUUACUUAUCUUUACUUUAUUCAACUUUAAGUUACUUUAGAUAAAGUAUUAUUACUCUGCGUUAUGUUACCAUACAUUACGUUACUGUGUUAUGUUAUGUACGUUAUGUUACUUUGUUUGUAUUACUUUGUUUAUGUUAGUUUACAUCAUGUCAUUAUUUCUUUACGGAACUUAACGUAUCUUUACUUUAUUUUACUUCACGUUAAGUUACUUUUCGUUUCUUAGGUUACUUUGUUUACAUCAGGUUACAUUAAGUCAUUUACUUUACUCUUAACUUAUCUUUACUUCAUUGUACUUUACAUUAAGUUACUUCACUGUAAGUUAAGUCUACAUGAAGUAAUUUCACUUUAUGUUGCAGUAUAUUACGUUACUGAAUGUUACGUUACAUUAUGUUACGCUACUAUACAAUACAUAACAAUAUUGUGCUCUAUGUUACUUUGUUUAUGUUACUUUGUUUAUGUGAGGUUACAUUGUCAUUAUUUCUUUACUUUCUUUUACUUUACGUUAAGUUACUUUACAUCACUUUGUUUACAUUAUUUGACGUAAAGUCAGUUACUUUGCUCUUCUUUACUUCUCUUUUCUUUACUUUAUUUUACUCUUAGUUUCUUUACAUUACUUUUUGUUCCUUUGCGUCACUUUACAUGAAGUAAUGUUGCUUUAUGUUUCCGUACAUUACAUCACUGAAGGUUAUGUUACAUUAUGUUACGUUACUGUACAAUACACAACCUUAUGUUACAUUACCGUACGUUACCUUAUGUUACAAAACAUUUCAAAACAACACAAUAUAAAAUCAAAUCUAUUUAUUUAAGAAUAAAAAACUUGUGCAGAGACCAUAAAGAAGGUAUUUCAGCAGUUUUGAAAUGCUUUGAACUUUAUUUUUAAUAAUUUGAAACAAAUGACUGGAUUUUUAUCAAACAUAAUUUAGACAGAAGGUUGUAAAGAUGGAGGACGCUUCUUAUCUGUAAUAACUGGGUAACAGGAGAAAUUUGAAGUAAAUUUCCUGUUGGCAAAGACUAAAUUCUCUCAUAAGUUCACAGAAAAACUUUCUACUUUUUAGUAAAUACUUUAAAUACCUUUCAUCGCUGGUUUCUCUGAUAUGAUUCUUAUCUCCCCUGUUUUUCUUACAGCUUCCAUUCGCCCUGAUCCCCAUCCUCACUUUCACCAGUCUGCCGUCUCUCAUGGAGGAGUUUGCUAACGGACUGUGAGUGAAACUGGAUCCUGAAACACAAAGACAACAAAGAUUAAUUCCCCCUCAAAAAUACGUAUUCUUUUGUCCUCCUCGCAGAGUUUUUAAGAUCGGAGGAGGCCUGGUGAUCCUGAUGGUGUGCUGCAUCAACAUGUACUUCGUGGUGGUCUAUGUGACCGCUCUGAACAGCGUGUGGCUGUACGUGUUGGCGGCGUUCCUCUCCAUAGCAUACCUGACAUUUGUGGGAUAUUUGGUAGGUAACUUUAGGUCGUUCUGCUGCGGCUGAACUUCGUUCCGCUGUAAAAUGAAAACUUUAUUCGUCCUAACACACUGACUAUAUCAUCUAAUGUGAAGUAAAAUAGAAAAGCUGAACCUGUGCUCCUUUUCCUGCUGGUGAAGUGAGAGUUUUAGGUUCAACUGGAGGAAAAUGGUUUGUCCGAUGAGAACAUCUCAGAAAUCUUUAUGAAAAAAGUGAAAUUAUGUGUUAGUAUGUCUGUGAUUUUGUUCGAACGGGCCGGGACGCUCUUGUGAGAUAGAUUUUUGAUCCCAGUGAGGCUAAAUAAAUGAAAAAAUGAAUAAGUAUUACACGCUUUUAAGGAUAUUAGUGUCUUUAUCUUUGCUUAGAUUACGCACUUUGAGGACCUGAGCUGGUGGAAGUGGACUCUAUAAAAGUCCUCUGAAAUAUGAAAACCUGAUUCCUCCUAUUUAAAUUCACUGACAUCGUCUUUGUCUUCUAUGUUCGGAGACUCUGUGUGUGUUCUCUGUUUGAUGGUGCGGUUUUGUGUGUCUGUCCCUUCGCUGCAGGUGUGGCUGUGUCUGAUAGCUCAGGGUGUUUCUUGGUUGGAUCCGAGCGCGAAGAAAGGGAACGACACGUCCGUCCUGAUCCAGCGGGAGCCGGAGUUUGACUCCUGAGCGGACCCUCGUUUUGUGAGAAACCCGACUUUACUCUAAACUGUGUUCUUCUUCCUCCUCCUCCUGCGCUGCCACUCAUCCGGAGUAUGAGAGGUUUUUCAGGGUUGAUGUAACCCGAAGGUGCAUGACAGACUGAAACUGAAGAAGCGAGUUAGUCAGAAAUGAACACGGCGCACAAACUUAACGUCGUCACUCCAUCAAUCAUAGGCAUUAAAAGGUGACAGGUGAGGUACACCAUGUUCUGCAGGUACUUCUCUUCAUGUGAAGGUUUCAGUAGCUAAAAGUGAUACCUCAGGUUUUACAGAUCUUCCUAAAUUGUGUUUUUAUUCAGUCAGACUGGAGUGGAUGUGUUGGUUUUGUAGUUUCAGAGUUGCGUUUGUCUGUUUUUUGCUGCUCUUUCGUACAAAUUCACACACAACUAUCAGCAGAUUACCACAUCGGACACUUUAUUUAAUUUCUUACUGUUCGUUUGUGAAGAGGAGUGUGUAGAAAAUCACUACCGCUCACUGUAGCAUUCACAACCUUGACUUGUUGCAGUGAGUGUAAAUGUCUGUUUCUGCAGACUUGGUAGAAAUAGACUGUUAUCUUUGUAAAUAUGUAUAAAUUAGUGCGUUAUCACCUUAAUUUAAAGAUUAUCUCGUGUUUUUUCCACUGACAAAUCUUCUUUUUAUGCCUCCAUGCGAGCAGAGGUGCCGACCUGCACUGUCAUGUUUCUACGGUAGCUCAGAGAGGACAAACUUGUGACAUACUCGCUGUCAGUGCACCAGAUAGAGGAAGAUCCUGGUAGUUAAACAAGUGAAGGAUCAUUCUCACCGAGCGUCUUGUCCUCAAAGGCCACUGAUGCUUCACUGAUGCGAGGGGUGAGUAAGGGGGCGUUUCAGUCCAGGAUCGAACCCCCAGCUAAUGCAAAAUAUUCACAUUUCUACAGACUGUGCCUCUAGAAAAACUUAAAACACGGAAAAAUAAGAGAGUUUAGAGGGAGGAGGUAAUCGAACUGUCUUUAACCAACCAAUUAUUAACAGGAUCAUGAAAUUAACAUCAAAUAAACGAGGAAAAAUCAUCUGGAUUAAAGUAAAUUUCAUCAUGUAAUGCUGUGAAAACCACAAUAUAUUUGCACUAAUUCACAUAGAUGUAUAAAUUAUUACUCAUUAUAGAUCUAAAAAUGAUGUGCAGCAUCAAAAUAACAAACUGCAUAAAUUAAAACAGCAAUAAAGACAAAAAAGAGAGGUUAUCACAGUGAAAAAGUUCUAAAAAAGUCAAAUAAAUGUCGACGAUAAGCCUGAUUAGGAAGUAGGCGCAGCAUGUAGAUUAUUUAUGAUUUUCCAUGUGAAGUAACGGCGUUAAAUUUCACUCCAGUGUUAAAGUAUCCUGAGAGGAACUUUUUAAGGGAUAGUUUAGUUUUUGUAACGACUCCUCCAAAAGUAGAAACACCAAAAGAUCACCUGAUUCAAAGACACAGUGGUGCUAUUAUCCUCUUAGUCAAAGAAAUAUAUAAUAAUCUAAAAAUUUAACUGAUAAAAGUUGUAAAAAUAAUAUGUCAAUAAAAAUAAAAUACAAAGAACAAAUGUGAGUUUU